AUGUGGGCAUACGGACUGCUACUGAGGCGGGGGAAACCGACGCCCCCGGCGGGGGAAACCGACGCCCCCGGCGGGGGAAACCGACGCCCCCGGCGGGGGAAACCGACGCCCCCGGCGGGGGAAACCGACGCCCCCGGCGGGGGAAACCGACGCCCCCGGCGGGGGAAACCGACGCCCCCGGCGGGGGAAACCGACGCCCCCGGCGGGGGAAACCGACGCCCCCGGCGGGGGAAACCGACGCCCCCGGCGGGGGAAACCGACGCCCCCGGCGGGGGAAACCGACGCCCCCGGCGGGGGAAACCGACGCCCCCGGCGGGGGAAACCGACGCCCCCGGCGGGGGAAACCGACGCCCCCGGCGGGGGAAACCGACGCCCCCGGCGGGGGAAACCGACGCCCCCGGCGGGGGAAACCGACGCCCCCGGCGGGGGAAACCGACGCCCCCGGCGGGGGAAACCGACGCCCCCGGCGGGGGGAAACCGACGCCCCCGUUGUUUGUCAUCAUGUUUCGGCGCGGUUUAUCAGACGCAGAAAUUGCGGAUUUGAUCAAUCAUAGCGACACUCUGGAUAAUGUAGAGAGUGAUUCAGACGAUUCUGAAUGCAAUGGUGUGUUUGAAGAAGACGAGAUUGAUGACAGUUUGUCUUCAGAUGAAGACGAGAAUGAUGUUGAAGGUGUUGCUUCAAAUCCAGCAGCUGUGCCGUAUCCGAAAGACAGUGAGUGGACUGCAGUUGACACCUACCGACCUCUGCCUGUCAACACGACACCCAGGCAGAUACUAGUGGAUAUUGAUGAGUCGAGUUCUGUACUGGAUUGCAGUAAAGUGUUCCUUACUGACAGUGACGUAAAUGAACUCAAGAGACAGACAAAUUUGUAUGCAUCACAGACAAUACAGAAGAAAAGAAGAGGAAAUAAUCUGAAGCCCCAUUCAGUUUUGAGUUCGUGGAAGCCAGUGACUAUAAGUGAGAUGAGGCGUUUCUUGGGUAUUAUUUUCCACAUGUGUGUUUCGAAAAAGCCAAAAAUUGCGGACCAUUGGAGCACUAAUCCUGUUCUUAGUUGUAACUUUUGUCCCCAUGUCAUGAGCCGUUUGCGUUUCACUCAGAUACUGUCAUGCUUGCAUCUUGUUGACAAUUCAAAUCAGAAAAAACCAGGCGAAGAUGGAUUUCAUCCACUUUACAAAGUUUUGCCAUAUUAUAAUAAUUUGAAGGAGCGAUGUAUCCAGGCAUAUCGUCCCUCAGAAAAAGUGACAAUUGAUGAAGGAAUUUGCCCAUUUCGAGGUCGUGUGAGUUUCCGUGUUUACAUGCAAAAUAAGCCUCAUAAGUAUGGACUGAAAGUAUAUGCUGUUGCUGAAGCCAGUAGUGGCUAUGUUGUAAAUUUUGAAGUUUAUGCUGGUAAGCAUAUUGUUGACAAUUCUUCGUCUGCGGUUAUUUUGCGAUUGUUGUCUGACAGCAGCUUGCUGAACAAAGGCCACACUGUGUAUUUAGAUCGAUUUUAUUCCAGUCCAGAGCUAUUUCAGCAACUGGCAGAGAAAGGCACUGGAGCUGUUGGUACUGUGAACAAAUCCAGGAAAGGAUUGCCUAAAGAUUUAGUAUCUGCUAAGCUGAAAAAGGGCGAAAUGUCUUUUCGGCGUAAAGAUAAUGUAUUGGCAAUGAAGUGGAAAGAUAAGAGAGAUGUGUAUACAUUGUCUACAAGGCAUCAAGCAACAUUUGGUACGCAUACUAAGAGAAAUGGGUCUGUAGUAUUGAAACCACUUCAGGUACUUGAUUACAAACUCAAUAAAAUUGGAGUGGAUAUUGGAGACCAACGCCUGCAGUACAAUCCGUUCCAGCACAGAACUGUGAAAUGGUGGCGAAAAUUAUAUUUCCAUUUGCUGCUUAUGGGAGUAUCAAAUGCAUUUUGGCUGUACAAUGCAGUGCACAGGAAGAAAAUUACAAUAACAGACUUUAUAACAGUGCUUGCAGUUCAGCUUGUUGAAGACGACACACUUGAAUUCAUUCCAAGAAAUGAAGGAACUGUAGGUCGGCUAACAAAGAGACAUUUUUUGCAGCACAUACCUGCAACUACUAAGAAGUAUGCUGCUCGUGUGUGUCACGUGUGCAGUUCCAGGAGCAAGAAACAGAGUGGCAAGGCUUCUCGCAAAGAGACACGAUACGAAUGUGAACAGUGUGGCGUUGCACUCUGCCUGGAACCUUGCUUUAAAAUUUUCCACACUAAAAAACAAUAUGAUUCUGUGUGA